AUGGAAAAGCGAGGCCCGACGGCGGGGGCCGGUAACUAUGGCCAGGCCUGCAUGCAAUGCUUCAAGGCCAAGUGCCGUUGCAUUGCGCGACCCGAUGGCGGCGCUUGUGAGAGAUGUCUUCGGCUCAAGAAGCCGUGCCAGCCGUCCAACUCGGCGCGCCGGCGCACGGCACAGAACGGCCAGGCCGGCGCUGGGGCGGCGGAGAUUGCCAAGCUGGAGGGCCGUAUCAACACGUUGACGACGAUGCUGCAGUCGGUGAUGGAGAAGGCAGGGCUGGCAGGGGAUACAUCGACACCUGCGGACCCAAAGUGUAGCGUAAUGCCUGUCCGGUCCGAAACGGCAGGCACUACCGAAUUUGCAGGACAGGGUGCAGGAGGAAGUAGCGAUACAGCAAGCAUGACGAGCAUGUCAUUUUAUGAGGACGGGCUCGGGCCGGGCCCCCUUCCUACUCCGUUUCAUACGCCCCUGCCAGCUCGACCACCACAAGAACAACAACAACAGCAAAUACCACCGCCACAGCCUCCCCCACCACGACCUCCGUCAACUCAGCCACAAACAGAAGUGCACUCCCAUCUACCGCUGUCGCCGACACCUGAGCCGCCAUUGUACGAGCUUUCGCUCAACGAGGCUGCAUGGUAUCUGGACCGAUUUAGCACACACCUGCUGCCGCACUUCCCAUUCAUCGUCCUGCCUCCUGAUACGACCGUUGACCAGCUAUGCCGCGACCGCCCACUGCUCAUGCAGGCCAUUGUCGCCGUCGCCACGCCGUCGACGAAGCUCAAGGCAGAGCGCGCCGAGCGGCUCAAGCAGACCCUGACUCGGUGUGCCUUGCAUGAAAACCAGUCAGGCAUCGAUGUUUUGUUGAGUCUCCUCACCUACGUCACCUGGAGCACUGAUCCCUUCAAGCAGCCGGCCAACAAUCUGUCGCGCAUGACCAUGCUGGCCAUCUCACUCGUUUACGACCUGCAACAUGCGAGCCGCCAUCCGCCUGCGCCCGACGCACAGUUUAUUGCCAUCAUGACGCCCGGAUUUGAGCGUCCCGGAGACGGCAAUUCUGGAUCGGGCGACACCGGCCGGCCGAUGCUGCUGCCCAGCAUCCUGGAGCACCAGCGCGCGUUUCUGGCCUGCUUCGUGCUGAGUUCCAUUGUGUCGGCGUCGUUUGGGCGCAUGGUGGCGCUGCGCUGGACGACCCAAAUGGAAGAGGGUCUACAGCUGAUUGAGGCGGCGGCGAGCAAGGGAGACAGCCCGUCGGACGCAAAUUUCGCCGUGCAGGUGCGCCUGCAGGUCAUCAUUCAACGCGCCGCGCUCGUCCGCGAGCAGCUCGAGACCGACCGUUUCAUGGCCCCCUCGCCCACAACGGCGGUGCCCGUGUCCACCAACCUGUUCAUCAAGGUACUGCAAGGCCAGCUCAACGAGCUGCGCAGCUCCUUGUCUCCCAGUCUGCCACGACGGGACAUGCUGCUUAUCUAUUCGCACUACGCGGAUCUUUUCCUCAACGAAGUGACACGCCUCGCCAGCUCCGAGGCUCCACUGGCCCCGACGCCCGCACCGUCGGGACACACCGUCGGCGGGGCCAUGGGAAGCAGCCAGUCGCUGCCUGCUCUGGAGCACAUUGAGUGCCUGUGGCGGUCCGUGUACGCCAUCAAGGCCUUUCUCGAUGCCUACCAGGCGAUCCCACCGCUGACCUACGUCGGCGUCCCCUUCUUCUUUUGGUUCCAGCUCGUGCGCUGCAUCGUCCUGCUCAAGCACCUGGCCACCUUUAACGACCCCGCAUGGGACGGCCAGGCCGUGCGAGAUGCUGUCGACAUGUCGACCAUGCUCGAGUGGAUGGCCGUCAAGGCCGAGCAGGCGAGCAAAGAAGCUGGCGAACAGUCCGACGACGACAUGUUCCGACGAGUCGGCAGCAUGAUGCGAAAUUCGCUGGCGUGGGUGGUUGCGAAGCAGCGCGCCGUCGGCGCUGCAGAACUUGGUGAUAUGCCACAAAAACACGCAGACGCUGCCUCUCACUGUCAGCAGGACGCGAGUGACCUGGGCGGCAACAACGCCGUUCUUAUCACGGAUGCGCCGGUAGAGGAAAUGAUGGUUCCUGUCGACCCCCCGUUGACGGGACCUUUUGACAUGACGGAAGAAAACUGGGUCGAAGAAAUGUUUGGCUGGCCCAUGGCGAGUAUUUGA